UCUCCAUUUCCGCUGCUCUUCUUAAGAUUCAGAGUCACAGAGCUGAGCCACCCCCACCCUCAUCCUCUGGACUCAUCUGCUUGGCUCUCUCCUCACACCACCCUUGGAUUCUUGCACUUGGACCUUCCCUUCCCUUCCUCUCUUCAACCUCACUCUCUUCCACUUCCUACCAUUUCAUUGUGAAGCUUAGAUUUUGGUCACCUUUCUCUCAUAGGGAUCACACGCACACACACACAGAGGAGCAAAAAAGCUCUUCUUGGAGCUCUCUACUUGGCCUCUCCUUGGCUGCAGCAAAUUUUGUUUCUUUGGUUAUGGCGGCGCCGCGUGGCGGCGGCGUGGGGGUGGUCGUUGUGAUGGUGGUGGUGGUGGCGGCGAUGUCGGCGGCGUUGGUGCGUUGUGGCGAGGAGACGUGCGCCGGCGCGGUGCCGGCGAGGCCCCGGCCGGAGGUGGUGUCCAUCGCCGAGUUCGGCGGCGUGGGCGACGGCCGGACGGUGAACACGUGGGCGUUCCACAAGGCGGUGUACCGCAUCCAGCACCAGCGGCGGCGCGGCGGCACCACGCUGCUCGUGCCGGCGGGGACGUGGCUCACCGGCAGCUUCAACCUCACCAGCCACAUGACGCUCUUCCUCGCCAGGGGAGCCGUCCUCAAGGCCACGCAGGACACGAAGAGCUGGCCGCUGGUGGAGCCGCUGCCGUCGUACGGGAGGGGGAGGGAGCUGCCCGGCGCGAGGUACGCCAGCUUCAUCCACGGCGACGGCCUCCGCGACGUCGUCAUUACAGGUGAAAAGGGAGUCAUUGAUGGCCAAGGUGAAGUGUGGUGGAACAUGUGGAGGCGAAGGACUCUUCAGCACACCAGGCCCAACCUAGUGGAAUUCAUGCAUUCCAGUGGCAUCCACAUUUCCAACAUUGUUCUCAAGAAUUCGCCUUUCUGGAACAUCCACCCUGUAUAUUGCGACAAUGUGGUCAUAACCAACACGAUGAUCCUGGCACCACAUGACUCACCAAACACUGAUGGAGUUGAUCCCGAUUCCAGCACCAACGUAUGCAUCGAGGACUCGUACAUAUCAACCGGCGACGACCUCGUCGCCGUCAAGAGCGGCUGGGACGAGUACGGCAUCGCCUACGGCCGCCCGAGCUCGGGCAUCACCGUGCGGCGCGUCACGGGCUCGUCGCCGUUCAGCGGCGUCGCCAUCGGCAGCGAGGCGUCCGGGGGCGUCAGCGACGUGCUCGUCCAGGACUGCACCAUCUUCGACAGCGGCUUCGGCGUCCAGAUCAAGACCAACGCCGGCAGGGGCGGCUACAUCCGCAACGUCACCGUCGACAACGUGCGCCUGCGCGGCGUCCGCCACGGCCUGCGCAUCGCCGGGGACGUCGGCGACCACCCCGACGCGCACUUCAACCAGCUCGCGCUGCCCACCGUUGACGCCGUCACCAUCCGGAACGUGUGGGGCGUCGGCGUGCAGCAGCCGGGGUCGCUCGAGGGGAUCAGGGACGCGCCGUUCACCAGGAUAUGCCUCUCCAACGUGAAGCUCUAUGGGUGGCGGAGCGCCGGCGCCGGCGCCUCCGCCUGGAAGUGCAGGGACGUCCACGGCGCGGCGCUCGGGGUGCAGCCAUGGCCGUGCGCCGAGCUCACGACCAGCCUCUCCACAGGGUUCUGCAGCUAGGAAAAUGUUGAGCCUUUGAAUUCUUUAGGUUUAAAUUCACUUGUCUGCAUGAUCAUCUCUAGCUGUGUUAAUUUGAGAUGGUUUGAUCCAUGUCUUAGGCUACUUAAUUAUGCUAAUCUAUGGAGGAUCGAGUGCUUAAUUAGGUGUCUUUUGUUAUUUUGUUUAGAGAAAAGUUUGGUUUUGUAUGUUUUCAAUCUGAGUGCAGAUAUGUUCUAAUCUGAGUAAUAGAUUUCAGCUUGUGUGAGAUUCAUAUCAGAUUCUCUCUAAUGCAUGAGGCAGAGCUCCUGCCCUUUUCGCUCAACAUAAGA